GCGAGGCGAGGCGAGGGAGGCCCGGCCGGAUCCGCCGGCGGCCGGAGGGGCGCCAUGAAGCUGACGCGGCAGAAGCACGCCAAGAAGUACCUGGCCUUCUACCGACACAACUUCGGCUUCCGGGGGCCCUACCGGCUGCUGCUGGACGGCACCUUCUGCCAGGCCGCGCUGCGGGGCCGCAUCCAGCUCCGAGAGCAGCUGCCCCGCUACCUCAUGGACGACACGCAGCUCUGCACCACCAGAUGUGUGUUGAAAGAAUUAGAAUCUUUGGGAAAGGAGUUAUAUGGUGCAAAAUUAAUUGCCCAGAGAUUUCAGGUCCAAAGUUGUUCCCAUUUUAAGAAUCCAGUGGGUGGAUCAGAAUGUCUUUUAUCCAUGAUUGAAGCGGGAAACCCUCAUCAUUAUUUUGUCGCAACUCAGGAUCAGAGCGUGUCCGCCAAAGUGAAGAAGCAGCCCGGCGUCCCCCUCCUGUUCAUCAUUCAGAACACCGUCGUCCUCGACAAGCCGUCUCCCAAUUCGGUUGCCUUCGUGAAGACAACUGCGUCGAACCAGCUGGUCUCGGCGCACCAGAAGCAAAUCAUCGAGCAGCUGAAAGAGGAGCGGGGCCUAGGGAAAGACACCGAACCGAAGAAAAAGAAGCGUAAAAAGGUAGGCGGGCCCAAUCCUCUUAGCUGUUUGAAGAAAAAGAAAAAGGUGCGGGACCCAAGCCAGCCCUCUGCUCCUAAGAAUAAAAAGAAGAGAAACAGGAUCCGUAAUAGAGAAAAGGGGAAGACCCUCGCCGUACAGCCAGCGAAGCAGACGACGGAAGCGUAGUUCACUGACGUGAACGAACUGGACUGGAAUUUUUUAGAGGCUGUGGGACUGUGCUUUACUUUCUGUUGUAAAUAAAUGACAUUUCUUUUUUAA